UAGUCUAAUAUUAUCAUGCUUUUAUUUUUACAGAGAUAUGGCAACACCCGCUCAGGAAUUCAACCUUUGAAACAAGAAAACGAGAAAUUGGUACAUGAGUGUAAGAGACUGCGGCAAGCUUUAAGCGAGGAGCAGGAUGUCAACGAAAAACUUUUCAAAGAUUUGAAACAGCGUAUCCGUGCUCUAGAAAGCAACAAUUCUGACUUGGAGUUUGUCUGCUCCCAACAUUUAGAGAGAAUAGAUGAACUGAGUCAUCAACUAGCAGAAAAAGGACAGAAGAUCUUGCUGCUGAAGGGUAUCGGCAAGCCUACUUCCUCCUAUAAUAAGCUAUCAGUGCCAAAAACACAUCCCAAGAAACCUGCAUCAGGUGUCAGACAGGAAAGACGAUCUCCCGUCAAGUCGACAUCUACUGUGACGUCAUUGACCCAUCAUCCUGGUAGUAUUCCUACCUCAGGUGUGACGUCAGUGGCUGAUGUCUGUAACGCGUCCAAGAAGAAGAUCGACUCGCUGCUCAAAGAGUUGGUCACUUUGAAACAGGAGAAGCUCGGAUAUCUGGAGGAAAUCGCUGCUGUACAGAGUAGGGUAGCAGCCAGAAACCAAGAGAUCGAGCGUUUGCAACAUAUGUUAGAGUUGGCUCAUAACACUCCAAUGCCGACAGCUGGGAAAUGUCUGCUCAAUUGCUGUAAGGAACGCUGCUGUUGUAAUGCCAAUGCUAAUUCAGCUGGAAAUAGGUCCUCGUAUUUGGAGGCACAGCUGAGAGAACAGUUAACAG